AUGCGGAACAGUUUAUUGAUUUCGCUUGCUGCGGCAGCACUUGCCGAGGGCAAGGCCUACUCUCCUCCAGCUUACCCUGCUCCCUGGGCCAGUGGCGCCGGGGAAUGGGCUCAAGCUCAUGACAGAGCAGUCGAGUUCGUUUCGCAAUUGACCUUGGCCGAGAAGAUAAACCUGACGACUGGUGUUGGAUGGGAGGGUGGACAAUGUGUCGGUAACACUGGAAGCAUUCCCCGCCUGGGAUUCCGCAGCCUCUGUAUGCAGGAUUCACCGCUCGGCGUGAGAGACACUGACUACAAUACUGCCUUCCCUGCUGGCGUCAAUGUCGCCGCUACCUGGGAUCUCGAUCUUGCAUACCGGCGCGGUGUAGCCAUGGCUGAGGAACACCGUGGCAAAGGUGUGGAUGUUCAGCUUGGACCCGUUGCUGGUCCGCUAGGAAGAGCACCAGAGGGUGGCCGUAAUUGGGAAGGCUUUGCACCCGACCCCGUUUUGACUGGUCAGAUGAUGGCAAGCACUAUUGAAGGAAUGCAGGAUACCGGUGUGAUUGCUUGUGCAAAGCACUAUAUCGGUAAUGAGCAAGAGCACUUUCGUCAGGGCUCCCAGGAAAAUUAUACAGUCGCUGAUGCUAUCAGCUCGAACAUCGACGAUGUUACUUUGCACGAGUUGUACCUGUGGCCGUUUGCCGAUGCGGUUAGGGCAGGUGUUGGUUCCGUCAUGUGUUCUUACAAUCAAUUGAACAACAGUUAUUCCUGCGGCAACAGCUACAGUUUGAACCACAUUCUUAAGGGAGAACUCGACUUUCAAGGAUUCGUCAUGACCGACUGGGGUGCUCAGCAUUCUGGUGUGGGCGAUGCUUUGGCCGGUGCGGAUAUGGAUAUGCCUGGUGAUGUGGCUUUCGACAGUGGAACUGCUUUCUGGGGUACUAACUUGACAAUUGCCGUGCUCAAUGGAACUGUUCCUGAAUGGCGUAUUGACGACAUGGCCGUUCGUAUCAUGUCUGCAUUCUAUAAGGUUGGUCGUGAUCGUACCCAGGUCCCCAUCAACUUUGCUAGCUGGACUCUGGAUACCUAUGGCAAUGAAUACUACUACGCCGGCGAGGGCUACAAGGAAAUCAACCAGCACGUUGAUGUACGUGGUGACCACGCCAAAGUUGUCCGUGAAAUCGGCAGUGCCAGCAUUGUUCUCCUCAAGAAUGUUGACGGCGCUCUUCCGUUGACUGGCUCCGAGAGGUUUGUCGCAGUUUUCGGAGAGGAUGCUGGCUCCAAUCCUGAUGGUGUCAAUGGUUGCUCUGACCGUAACUGUGAUAACGGUACCUUGGCUAUGGGAUGGGGUAGUGGUACUGCCAACUUCCCUUACCUAGUUACUCCUGAACAAGCUAUCCAAGCCGAGGUCUUGAAGAAUGGCGGAAUAUUUACUGCUAUUACCGACAGCGGCGCCACCAAUACUACAGCCACGACCGUGGCUGCUCAAGCCUCGGCUUGCCUAGUGUUUGCCAAUGCAGACUCCGGCGAGGGAUACAUCACCGUUGACGGAAACGUGGGAGAUCUAGUUCUUCAUACUGUUGGACCUGUUCUCGUUGAGGACUGGGUCAACCAUCCCAACAUCACUGCUGUUUUGUGGGCAGGUUUGCCUGGAGAGCAGAGCGGAAACUCUUUGGUUGAUGUUCUUUACGGCAGCGUCAACCCCGGAGGCAAGACUCCUUUCACUUGGGGCAAGCAACGUUCUGACUGGGGAACCGAUAUCAUCUACGAACCCAACAACGGAGAUGGUGCUCCUCAGCAGGACUUCACCGAGGGUAUCUUCAUUGACUACCGACACUUUGAUAAAUACAAUAUUACUCCCACUUACGAGUUUGGUUAUGGUCUCAGUUACAGCACCUUCUCUUUCUCAAAUCUCCAGGUGACUCCUCUCGCUGCUUCGCCUUACAAACCAGCCACAGGUCACAGCGGUCCCGCACCUGUCCUGGGCAAGGUUUUGAACGCCACGGCUUAUCUUUUCCCUAACUACAUCAAACGCAUUGAAGCUUUCAUUUACCCAUGGCUUAACUCCACUGAUCUGAGGACUUCCUCUGGUGAUCCAAAUUACGGUUGGUCUACUUCCAAAUACGUGCCUGACGGUGCUCAAGACGGAUCUCCGCAACCUGUCAACCCCGCUGGUGGUGCCCCUGGUGGCAACCCUGCGCUGUAUGACCCUGUUGCCGAAAUCAGAGUGACUGUCAAGAACACCGGAAAGGUCGCUGGUGUUGAAGUGCCUCAGCUCUAUGUCUCGCUCGGUGGCCCCUCCGAUGCGCCUAAGGUUCUUCGUGGCUUUGGCCGCCUUUCUCUCGGUGCUGGCGAGGAGGCUCAGUGGACUGCCACUUUGACCCGACGUGACGUUUCUAAUUGGGACACUGUCAGCCAGAACUGGGUUGUCUCAAACUACACCAAGACUGUCUAUGUCGGCAACUCUUCUCGCAACUUGCCGCUCCAGCAGACUUUGGCUUUGAAGAUUGGGCAUUAA